AUGAGCAGCUACCUACAAACGUUUAGCUACUUCUUUCGCCUUCCGUGGCACGUUCAAUGGCGAACUUUCCUCGUCCAACUCCCGCGAUACGUACCGUUGUCUAUCCUCCAUAUCACGUCGCCGAAGGGCCCGCAUCCCUUUGUGAUUGCGCUGCCGAGUCGAAAGAAUGCGGCCAUCCCAAUAUACGUCUUUCUACCGCCCGGGCCGGUUGACCUCAGGGACAAUAGAGGCGAGACAUUGGUGGAUAGGGGGGAAUGGAAGGUCCCAGUUGUGCUGGACUUCCACGGCGGAGGCUUUAUUAUGGGUUCGCCAUUGGAGCAGGCGCCGUAUGCCUCUAUGAUGGCUAGAGAGCUGGGUGCGGUGGUCAUAAGCGUGUCCUACCGCAUUGGACCUUUCCACCAGUUUCCGGCAGCGAUUCACGACGCCGAGGACGUCCUAUCAGCAAUAUUGGACACAGAUAGGGUAUCGAAAGCGGGUAAGGUACUGAGGACGGAGAUACAGCGAUACUACUCCAUGAUGAGGAGCGACGCUUUGAAAAAGAACAAGUCGCAGCCGAACGGCUCACAGCUGAACGACAUCACAACGUUCACGCUCGAUCCGACACGUCUGGUCAUCUCUGGCUUCUCUGCGGGUGGAAACAUUGCGCUGAACAUGGCCAUUUCGGUGCCUCCUUGCGCUCAAAUGCUACCUCAAUCGCCGAGGGCAUCAAUGGCUAUGUCUAGGUCUCCUGCAGACACCCUGUCCCCGCUGCUGCCUCCUUCUCGUGCUCCCACGAAACUGGAUGAUCCUUGCCAGCCCUGGCCAUCAAUACUCCCGCCACCACAGGCCCAACCGAGAAUGCUACCUCUUCUACUCUUCUACCCGUCUCUCGACGCACGGUUACUACCACACGAGCGCCCCAUGAAGCACCUCCCAAACGCCUUAAAACCCCACGACAAGAAGCCUCAACAGCAAAAGACGCCAGGCCUCUUCAGCAUCAUGGGCCCCACUUACCUCCCAAAAAAGCUCCGAGGCCAUCCGCGCGCAAGCCCCGGGCUCGUAGACCCAGAUAAUUUCCAAAAGAACGCUGCCAUCUUUCUUGUCCUCCCUGAGAGAGACAGUUUAGCCGUGCAAAGUGACGUCUGGGUCGACCAAAUGAAUUCCGCGGGUUGGAACGGCCCAGUCCGCUUCGGCGACGGACGACCCGGCGACUACGACGGACGUGACGGCGGACCCGAACUCACAGAAGGGCACCAGAAUGGAGGACUGGAAGUAUGGCACGCCCCCGGUUGUCGGCACGGCUGGACGCAAUUCCCAGAGACGAUACUUGGCACGCACGAGAAGAAGGAGCGGCAGUUAGUGUUUGCGAGGACGCUGGAUUUCGUGAAGGAGAACUGGAGGAAGCGCUUGCCACCUGAGCCGCUUGGGAAUAGGAGUCAGGAGCUGAGGCCGCUGGAGAUCCCGGCGGAGUUUGAAGGAUUGAAUUGA